AUGCGGUUCGAUGACAAGGUUGAGUAUGUAGAGUCUCUGUUGGGGUACCGUUUCAAUAACCGGGACUUGAUUGAGCGUGCUUUGACGCACCGGUCGAUGGGCGAGGCGAUCUGCAACCAAAAGCUGGAGUGGUUGGGCGAUAGUGUGUUACAACUGGCGGUGAGCGACAUUUUGUACGAGCGGUAUGGUGAGCGACCGGAUACCCGCGAGGGGGACUUGGUGCGAGCGCGGGAAAUGUUUGUUCGCGGGGACAAAUUGCGUGCGUUGUCGAAGGAGUUGCAGCUGCAGAACGGGUUGAUAACGGCGAAUGGCGUGAGUGAGGUGUUUAAUGAGAAGAUGAGUGAAGAUUUAGUCGAAAGCAUAUUGGGAGCUAUUUUCAUCGAUGGCGGGUAUGCCAUCGCGCGCACCUUGGUGAAGAAGAUGUUCAAGCCGCAAGACUGGGGCGAUUGUAUCAACGCGCAGCGCGACAGUAAGUCGGAGCUGCAGGAGUUCUGCGCGAAGUGUGCCCUCAACUUCCCCUCCUACGCCGUGGUCAAGGAAGAAGGCCCGAUGAACUCACGCAUCUUCAAUGUACAAGUCACCGUCAUGUCCAUCUCCGCCGCCGGCGCUGGCACCAGCAAAAUGAAGGCCGAACAGGCGGCCGCUUCGGUCCUGCUCGAACAACUAAAAAAUGUAGACGGCAUCAUCGAACGACCAACCAACGCCAAGUCCAGACUCCUCGAACUCUGCCACAAGAUGCGCCUCAGCCCCUCCCCCGCCUUCUUCACCACCGAGUGCCGAGAUCUUUCCUCACCCAUCCCCCAGUACAAAUGCGUCUGCGUAGUCACCACACCCACAGGCGAAAAAAUUACGCAAGAAGCCAUCGCCGGCACCAAAAAGGCCGCAGAAAAAGAGGCCAGCCACCUCAUGUACAUCAGCCUAUUCGCCUACAAGCAAAACCAACCCGCGCCCGCCGCACUCUCCAAGGUCUGUCCUGCGCCUUCUCCCAAAGUACAACUCAUCAACUAUGCCGCCAGCAACAACCACUCACCGGUUCAAUUCACUGUCACAGAACAAAUACCCUGCACAUUCAAGGUCGAGUGCGCAUACCCCACUCUCGGCGUCAAAGGCUUCGGCUGCGGACAAUCCAAAAAAGAAGCGGAACUUAACGCCGCCGAGCGGGUUCUCGAACGGCUCAAAGAAGCCCUCACCCAACGGGAAAUGAGCGACAUGUCAACCGACGUAGGCUCCGAUUUCACCCGCGCACCCACUCCAAGUCUCACGUAA